UCAAACAUUAGAUGUCAGUAAGAGUUGUUACUUGGAUAGAGAAUAACACAAGACAAUUAAUAUAAAUCGAAUUAAGAUUGAUAAAAGUAAGCCAAGACAAUAAAGUCGAAUGAGUGUAAAAGUGAUGAACGAUUUACCAACGGAAUUGCUCAUAGCAAUACUUCGUAAAGUUGACCAACAGGAAUCGCUAAAAAAUGCCGCAUUAACAUGUAAACUAUGGAAGGAGCUUAUCGAAAGUUCGUGUUCGUGGUCACUGUCGCUCGAUCAUCAAAAUGAAGUAGGUUCAAAUGAACCGUGGCUUGACUAUAUGCUCACUACGAAGCGAAAAUUUCACAAAAUUAAAAUAGUCGGCCUGGUCGAGCUGGGCAAGAACCGAAUCAUUGACAUAUUCCGAAAGCAUGGCACACAUAUCACCAAGCUGUUUGUGUUCGAAAGUUGUUUGGACAGAUUUGAUCUAUUUGUUGAAGUACUAAAAUGUAUGCCGAAUUUGGAGCAUUUGAUCUUAUAUGAAAUUACCACGCCGUGUACUGUCGCAGAUGUUCCCACAGAAGAUAAUUUACCCGAAUUAUUGAAAUUGAAAACAGUGGAAUUGGUUGAAUCGGAGGGCAGUAUCAUCAAAUGUUUGAAUCGUUCGAAACUGACUGAACUUAAAGUACUCAACUAUGCGUAUAAAAAUCAGCCGUUGUCACAAGAACCUGUACUGGACCUCUUCCGAGCACAACCUCAAAUAAAAACGCUUGCCCUACGAAGUAUUGAUUACGGGGCAACGACUCUAUUCCAAACUGAUAUAAUGGAUGGCACCGUGAAAUUUCAGCUUAAUAAAUUGUCUCUACUUGACAUCAAACUUCGCGAAUCUCCAAACGACUACAACAAUCUACUGAAGUUUUUGAAGCCUCAGGCAAAGACAAUCAAAUUCUUGGAACUUGGCACAACGUUUCCAGAUUUGGUUUACGAAUUCGUCUUUGCAAAGUUCAGAAAUUUGAAAACAUUGCGGCUGAUGAUGAAUGAACUUCCAAAAGAUAUUGAAUUCUAUGAGCGACUUGAAGAGAAUCCUAGCAUCACCCAGCUAAUAUUUAUGGAUUCACCGCCACCGAACCAUCUAAACGAUAGUUGUCCUCCGUCGCUGAAAGAAUUCAUUCGACAUGUGCCAAACGUAACCGACCUAACUUUACUCGAGGACACCUGCGACAGAGGAACACUUCAGUUCAUAGCCAGCAACCUGAAAAAUUUGACAAGAUUGACUGUAGCCUAUUUCAAUGAAAUAACAUUCAACGAUCUCCAAUUUCCCAGCCUAAAGACACUGUGCAUAGAUAAGAUAGAAGAUGACGUCGAUUGGGAAAAAUUUUCAAAAAACAAUGCCAACAUUACGGAAAUUCUCAUACAUUCUGGAACGUAUGCUGGUUUCAGUGAUUGGUUAGAAGAAAGUUGCUCUGACUUUAUUGAAAAGAUGACAAAGAUCUUAAGACUGGAAAAACUUGUCAUUGGAAGCCCAUUUCGCACCAAUGAACAUUUCUACGAGCACAUCCGAGAAUUCGGAACUAAUCUGAAAUUAAUCGAUUUGCACAAAACGUGCGCCCUAUCGAUCGACAUAAUGCACGGGAUACCUGGCUUACGUUUUCACGAUGAUGAUUUUCCUGCACCAUUCCAUACUCCGGAAUUCUGGAACGAUGAAGAUUAUGAUGGAAGACUUCCGGACAUCGAUAGAGGCGGAAACUGGGACGACGGUGAAAAUUUUCUGGAUCCGUUCGAAAUGCAUUUGAUGGAUAUUGAUGAUUAUGAUUAUGAAUAUGAUCAACACGAUGAUUACGACGGGUACGAUGAUUUCGUUGAUGAAUUCGACGAAAGCGAUUUUGAUGAGUAUUGAAGGAUCAAUUAAUUGCGCACAUUGCCUAUGAAUGAUGUACAGAACUAUAAACCGUUACAAUAAAAUUAAAAACUUUUUUCUAAAAUAGAA